AUGGCGCAAAAUUUAAUAGGCAGGAGUAACACAACUAUUGAGAAAAUAAAAAAUAAGUACAAAAAUGAUAACCUUUUAAAUUACGCCAGCAGAGAUAAGGAGCGCGUGGGAAGGCGAAGGGGAGAAACGGAAGAGGAGGUGGACACUGAAAGAGAAGGAGGAAACGAAGAAGAGGUAGCGGAAGAGGUAGUGGAAGAGGAAGUGGAAGAGAAGGACGAGACAGAUAAAGAAAAAGUGAGCAGUCACUAUUCAUACGUAAGUAGCAAAAAUGUUAACGGUGCUAAGAAGGGCUCUAUGCGCAAUGGAACAUAUUUGAUCGAUAAGUACAAAAAAUUAUUCACAACAAGUAGUAAUUCGAAUGGGAGAAUUAGGCAUGAGUCAAAUAGCAAUGACAAGUCGGCAAUCAAACGCAUACUGUCCGACAGAAAUAACUCUUAUAUAACAAAUAGAAGUGACCUUCUAGUAGAUAACGCAAAAAGGAACAACUACCAUAACUCUAAAAAUGAGCGUAGCAAACUUCAUAGUAAGGCACCUAGUUACAGUUCCUCCAACAGGAACCUUAGUGACGCUGUUACUUCUAAAAGAAAGUUUUAUGCACUUGGAGAGAUAAGCAAAAAUAGGCAUGUGGACUUGGACAUGUACGAGUCACUCUACAGAUCUAGUAAAAAGCACACCCAGAGUAGGCAGGGCUCCGAAAAUAUUCACAAAUUUUUAGGCGCGGACGCGAAAGAAAAAGAUAACAACAAUGCAUUUUUGGCUAGCUGUGAAGAUAUAAAGAAAGAAGACGACGAAAUGAAUAAUUACGAGAUGUACAAAGAUAAUAUACAUGAUGGAGACUAUAUGGAUAAUUUGAAAGGAGCAAAAAUGAAAAACAUGUUUCUCAGAAAUGAAGACAAUAGGAGAAACAAUGAAGAUAGUAAGAGAAACAAUGAAGAGGGUAAGGAAUCUAACUUCAACUUUCCCUACAGUAACAGAACGUACAAAGACCAUCUAGAUAAAAAUCAAGAUAUUGCAUUUAAAAAUAAUGUUAGAUACGCCUCAGGAGGGAUGGAAAUCCCAAAGCAUAGUAAUUCUAAUAAAGUAGACCAGAAUAUAUUAUAUAAUAAUGAUGUAGAAAAGAUGAAUAACAAUUUGUCUGCUUAUAACGACUCAAAUAAGCUAAAUGAGCUGCAAGAAAAAUAUAAAAAUAAUUAUCUCUACAAAAGGGAGUUUCCAAGUCAUGCUCAGGACUUGAAAGAAAAGGCAGACAGUAGGACGAAGAAGGAGCAUAGAGAGAUGUACCCCAACCAUGGGGUGUUGUAUAGCGACACUGGAUCGAAGAACGACUUGAGGGGGAAUUUCCUGAAUCAUGCGUUGAACGGUGCGAUGAACGGUACAAUGAAUGGUGCAAUGAACGGUGCAAUGAAUGCAGUGGCCAACCACACCAUGAGCAACAGAACCGCGAGGGAAGAGAACAAUUUCGCAGGCGAAAAGAAAAGUUCCGCCGAAAGAGAGUCUGACAUUAUCAACAGGUAUAACUACAACAGCGACAUCAGACAGAAGGCGGUCACUAACGAGAGUGGCAUUAGUAGUAGAAAGCAAAAAAUUCUGGAAAAUUUGAUGAACAUUAACAAGAAUAUCGAUGAAGAGAGAAGCAGGUCCAAUGCAAGAUUGAAUAGUAUGAAGAAAAAUUAUGCGGAUAAUACAUUUUACAACAAUAAGAAUGGUCUGCACUUGGAUUAUAAAAAUUCGAAUCACAGGCGUUCGAACUCGACGAACGUGAAUCUGGGGAGAUAUAAUGUCGAGCGGGUUAGCAAUUAUAUAGGCUACGCUGAUGACACGCAGGCCAACGUAACCUACUACCAUGAGAGGGAGUCCGGUACCAUUUCAGGUUACGAAAAAUAUAUGCAAUUAAAAGAGGGAAACAAUAAUGGCCUCUUUUCAAGGAAUGUUGCAGGUGAGGCAGGCGCAAAGGAGCCAGCUGUCAAACCCAGGUAUGGUGCAGUACAGACCACUACCCAUGGAAAUUCACAUGACACUAUCCACGUGAACGUAAAUAACGCUGAUACGCAACGCAACCCGUUGCACGGGAAUGAUGCUCACGGUGAAGCGUUACGUAGCGCCAGUAAUGCCCCUAACGGGAAAAUCAAUCACGAACUGGGAGGCCUGAGAAACCUCGACUUGAAUGAACUGAGGAAAAAACACAUGAGCAUGAUCAGCCAAAAUAACGAAAAGGGAGAGAAUUAUUUAAACAAAAAUGAAGUAUAUGAAGAUGAAAGGAACGAAAGUUACAACGUGUGUGUGACAAAUGAACAGAACAGAAUGCAGCCGCUAAUCAGUAAUUACGAAGAUUUGUUUUCAUUUGAUAAAAACAUAAAAAAAAAAAAUGACAUUAAAAACAUUGUGUGUGUGUGUCAGGCGAGCAAGCAAAUGGCACGACUGCAACUACACAUGGAGGAGGGGAGACAAAUGCUCGAAACGGAAAAAAACCUUUUUAAAAAAAAGAAAGACAAUUUUGAAAAGAAAGUAGAAAUGCUAGCAGAAAAGGAAAAAGAAAUAGAUAAGAUACAUUCCCAAAUAAAGGAGAAAGAAGUAAUCAUUGAUAAGAAGAAAAACGAAAUUGAGGAGAAGGAAAAAUAUGUUAACUCGAUAAAGAACAAGUAUGACAACGCACAGAAGGAGUUGCUAGAAAAAAUGAACGAAUGUAUUACCAUCGAAAAUAAGUGUAAAAACAAGCUGUACGAAUAUGACGAAAAGUUUGGACUGUUUAAUAAGAAAAUCAAAGAAAUGGAAGAGCGGGAGAAGGAAAUUGAAAAUGAGAGGAAAAGUAUAGAGAGGAAGGAAAAAAAUCUAAGCAAUGAUAAAAAAGAAUUGGAAGAAGAAAAAAUGCUAACCAUGAAGGAGAAAAAUGAGCUGGAAAUGUUGAAGAAGGAAUUGGACUCCCUCGAAAAAGAGAAAAAAAAAAUGAUAGAAUGUGAAUACAGUAAUUUACAAAAUAAGGAAGAGGAAUUGAGGCGAAAUGAGCGAAGUAACCUCAUCAAGGAAAACGAAUUGAAAAGUAGAAUAGACAAAUAUAACGAAUUAAUCGAGGAGCUUAACAAAAGCAAAAAGGAAUUAGAAAGUGAAAGAAUCAAAAUGUUGAAUCAAAUGGAGAAUGAAAAAAAACACUUGGAGAUGGAAAAGGAGAACGAAAGAAAUUACAUGAUGGAAGAAUUGAACAAGGAAAGGAUGAUCAUGGUAGCAGAUGUGGACAAGAUGAAAAUGAUAAUGUUGGAAGAUAUGGAAAGGACGAAGAAUGCUAUGCUAGAUAAUGUAGAAAAGGAAAAUAAAAGGAUGAAUGAAGAAGUAGAAAAUGAAAGGAGAGCCAUGGUAAAAACUAUGGAAGAGGAUAAAGACAAAUUCAAAGAUUAUGUUGAAAAGAAGUACAAAGAAAAUUUAGAAAAUGAAAAAUUAACGUUGGAAAAGAAGUACAAUGAGGAAGUUAACAAACUGAAAAACGAAAUUGCAAAUGAGAGAAAAAAAAUCAUGAAAGAUAGAGACUCCUUCGAGCAACAGAAAAAAAUUUAUGAGGAAGAAUUUCGUUCAAAGUGCGAGAAGUACGAAGAGGGUAUACAGAAAAAGUACGAACUUCUAGACGAGGAGAAAAGCAAGAUGAAGUACCUUAUAAUGAAGGAGCAAGAAGAGUUAGAGAAUUUCAAAAAAAGGGUGUACCUGGACAUUGAGGAAGAGAAAGACAAACUGUACGUACAGCAGGAAAAGCUAAAUUUGGAAAAGGAAAAUCUACAAGUGGAGAAAGAACAAAUAGAAAUUGAGCUGAAAAAUUAUAAAAACUUCAAAGAGAAGGAAGAAAACGACAUAAAAAUACGAAUAAUAAAUUUGUCACAACAACAGGAAGAUUUAAACAAGGAAAAGGAAAACAUAGAAAAGGAGAAGGAAGAAAUGGAAAAGAGAAGAUUCGAUUUGGAUGAGAGAGAACAAAGUCUACAUAAUGACAAGCUGCAGGUAGAGGAAUCACGAAAAAUAUUCGACGAGCAAUUAGAAAAAAUUAAAAAGAACAAAGAAGAACUGUUAAAUUAUGAUAAGGACUUAAAAACCAAAGAAAUCAAUCUCAUUGAAAAAGAGAAAGAGCAGAAAAGGAAUGAAGAUGAAUUGCAUAAGAAGAAGGAGAAGCUCAACGAGUUUGAUAGCGACUUGAAGCAGUACAGUGGUAAGUUACAAGGAAGAGAAAAAAAACUAAAGGAAAAAAAAAACGAAUUACAAAUGGUUAAAGAUCAGUUAGUGAAUUAUAAAAAUAGUUUAAAGCAAAAGGAAGUGCAAUUUCAAAUGAUGCAGAAGAGAGAAAAGGAGCUUAUUGACGAGCAGACAGUCAUUCAAAUCGAUAGAAACAGUCUAGAAGCGGAGAAAAAGCAGUUUCUAUUGAUGAAGGAGAAGCACGACAAGGACACAGAAUUUAUACAAGAGCAGUUAAAAUUGCUCCAUGAACAAUUGAAAAAUAAAGAAAAGUCAUUAAAAGAAAAAGAAAAUGAAAUUAACCUGUUGAAUAAGUUACAGAACUGUCGAAGUAAAAAUGCAAAGGGGGCAAUAAUAUCACUCAAAAAUUUAGAAAACAGAAAAUUAAGCUCCAAUUUGUCCAGAGCCAGUAACUCCAAGAACAAAGUUAAGGUAAAGGUCAUUGGUAAAAAUAGACUAGAUCUAAUCCGAAGGAGGAACAGAAAAAAAAGUAUCAAUUUUAAUUACAACAAUUUAGAAAUUAAUAAUAGCAUUCAGUAUAUUGAUAGCAUGAUAAAUGAAAACUUCAAGAACAAGCCUUUUUUGAAGUAUAAGAAUGGCAACAAUUUAGGAUUGUCAGAGGCUUUUCAUGCAAACGAGAGGGUAAGCAACAGUAAUAUGAGGGUCAAUACAACAGUGAAGGAGGGGAAUUCGGGGGGGGCAAAUAGGAUAGAUGAUACGUAUGACAGUAGUGUACCCCAGGUGGACAAUUCGUACAGUCAUAUUAAUGAGAAAGGAGGUAUUAACGCGCCUAUGAUAUAUGGUAGAAAAAACACGGGCGAUUAUUCUCUAGCCUCCGAUGGGGCACAUUAUUCGGAGAACAACUCAAGUAAGAACAAACAUGCGAGUAGCGCCACCCUGAUUGUCAACGCGGGUACCAAAUCGAGAAGGAACUUGGAAAAGGAUCCUUUCAAUCAAGUGGAUAAUUCCCCCAUGAAUGACAAUCACCGUGUGAUGAACAACAACGAUAUGGUUGGCAAUGUUGCGGACGAUUUGGAGAACGAUGUGGUGAAUGAUUUGGCGAAUGACUAUGUAGAGAAUUACAAGGACAGCGCUGAUGGUAAUAGGGACUACUUUGGUGGCCCAAGCAACAGGCAUAAUAAGAAGGACUCUGGAAAGAUGGAGACACAGAGGUACGCUACUCAGGAUCGGAGAAGCGGCAGUAACGCGGCGGUGAAGGGCAAUUAUAAUUACGGUUACGGAGGAGAAGGCGGAGAGACGGUGGAGGAGAGGCAGUCCAGCACCUACGCGAACGUUGCACAUGGGAAUAAGAUCGCCUCCGCGAAGGAAGGCAUCUUCAGCGAGGGCUACGAGGAGCGCGAUAGGCGUGAUCACAGCGAGAGGCCUGACAACCACCACCCCAUAUCACUACACCACCAUCACAACAGUUAUAACAUUAACAACCUGAGCACGAACAUUAAGAUGGGAAAUAGUAACUUGACUUAUGACACAAAUUCGAAGAGCACCUCGAGGAUGAAUUUCAAGGAGCACCGACACCAAGACCAUGGAGAAAACAUUCUAGCAUCACUAGACGUGAAUAAUUUAAUAGAAUCCGACUUGAUAGAUGUAAAAAGUAACUAUGGCAAUGUCUCAGAUAAGCAGAAUAGUAAAUAUGAUGGAGAUUUUCUGCUGACGGAUUAUGAGCAAGGAGACAUGAAUGUCAUCAUGGCGGAGGAGCAUCACCAUCAUCAGCCGGGGGAAAAAAAUUAUGGAGAUUAUGAAGAGAGCAGAGAACCCAAGGAAGAUGUCCAACGUAUUGAUACCAUUAACAAAAAUAUUAGCACCAUUAACGAUGAUGUGGAUCACAUAAACAGCAACAUAAAUAACAUAAAUGGUAAUCUGCACAGAAUUAAUGGCCAUGUACAUGGGGGUGAAGACAUACAGAGGGCAUUCCCUCCCAAAGGAGAUGGAGGGAUGAGCGCUCAAAAAGGGAAAGGGAACGAGCACAUAAGGAAAAACAGAAGCACAAAUGGGAAUGUAAGUGGGAAAAAUUUAGUCCCGCUGAACCAGAUAGACAACCUAGUGAACAGAAACAUGCAGUCGAUAAACCACAUGUCAAACUUAAUGCAAAGUGGGAAGAAGAUGAAAGCGUCACUGAACAAGCAGACGGAAAAUAGCAGAAUCACCAAUCACGCAAAAAAGAAGGAUAGCGGAGGUAACACGGAUAAUAGAGACAUGCGGGACAAUCGAAACAAUCAAGGCGCCUUUCUCAAUUACAAUAGUGAAGAAAAUGAGACGAUGAAAAAGGAGAGCAGUUUUAACGAAUUUCUGGAUGACGUAAAUUCUGAAAACUACUACGGCAAUGGUGGUGGACAUGGUGGUGGUAAUGGUGGUGGUAAUGGUAGCGGAAAUGGUAGAGGGAAUGGUAGCAGAAAUGAUAGCGGAAACGGUAGCGGCAAUGGUAGCGGCAAUGGUAACGGCAAGGGUGUCGCCGAAAAGGAAAACGAAGAUUUUUAUCACAACAUGGAAAAAUCACUAAACAGUAGAAAUAUGAAUGAUUCAUAUGAAUAUAAAGCUUUGGGGAAAUCAAGUGAUGGUGGUGGAUACGAGGAGGAAUACAGCCACGAAUAUCGAGUUGGCUCACAUAACCGUAGCGGUUACGACGCUACGAAUCGUCCCUUGAAAACUGCCCUCCAAAAGAAAACCAACGUGAGGAUGAUGCCAGAAAACGGUUACAACAGUGAUAGUAACAUCCUGAGGGGUAAUAACCUCCCCUCAAGUGAAGACAAUUGUAGAAGAUUGAAUUCGAAUUCCAUCACCGAAGGAAAUGAAAAUAAUUUCAAGACACGAAACAACAGUAGCAACGUCUACUACGGCAAGGAUCAGAAUGCACCGCCAAGCUACAGGAAUGAUAUGACACGUAACAUGAGGAACAAGAAGCAGGAAUUGUACGAAGAUAAUUUUGUUCUAAACACAAACGAGCAAAAGAACCCAUUUUAUGAUAAAAAUGGUAUACAUUUCGAUCAGGUGGGGAAUCCUUCUGGUCGGGAAGGAAUUAUAAGUGAGAACAAGAGCAACAUUGCGUAUAUGAGAAGUCCGGAUGCCGACACCAAGGCGCACAUGGAUAAGAAUUCCAACAAGGUUAAUGGCAGGGGUGGAAGCAAGGCCAGUUUCGUCGACCCAAGCGCGAACAGGAACGUACACAGGAGCGCCAGCAAUAAUGCGAGCAAUAGUGCGAACAAGAAUGCCAACCUGGUAGGGAUAAAAGGAUUCAUGAAAGGCAUGCACAAUGGGCGCGACCGUGGCACCACAGGGAGUGGAGGGAAUAGUAUAAUCGAACAGCUUGAUAAAACCCUCCUGAACAAAUCCAUCAUGAUGAACAAGGCCAAAAAGAAAUGA